UUAUUCGUGGCGUACCUGCAUUUAAUUUUAAAAAACACAAUAACAAAAUAAUUUAUACCAGCUGCUGUGUAUAUUAUGACGUGGUUUAUAAAUUUAUUUAUUUCUGGUGGAUAAAAUUCGCCAGCUCUGGUAAAAUUUUAAUGGAAGCUUUCCAUAAAGUUCCACAAUUCAAACUGUGGCUACACUUGUUCCAGUAUCAGAGAUCUCGCUAAGGACUUCGCAUAGUUGCUUCAUUUGUGAUAUCUGCGUAACUGCGUGUUGCGACGUUUGACUAUGGAUGGUCUAGUUCUCGACGAAGACACAUCCCACAAUUUAUCGGAUGACUUCACGGAGCAUCAGUAUCGCGCUCUUGGUGCACUGGAACGUCUGAGUCCGGGUUUGUUGACUGUUCCGUGUUUUGAUGUCGCCAGCUCUCCGUCGACAUAUUCACAUUUGACGGAACACCGUGCCAGUUUUUCGCGACGUCUCCAUCAUUCUUCCGGAUGUAUCAGCGAAAUUCGCGCCUCGACCAUCGAAGUCGAGGCGAUAACUGUCACCGUCGAGCGCACGGUACACGAUUCAGAACAGGAUCAGCAUUUUGUUAUUGGUGAUGCUCAUGAGGAUAUCAGCGAGAAAAGUCCGCGAUCGAGAAAAGGCAGCUUAUUUCCUACAGUGGAAUCCCCGGAAAGUGGAGUCCAUGAGCAGCAGGAAAAUGGUACAGAUGUGGAAGACUGUGAAGAAACAGUGACGCAUUCUUCGGAUUCUGUCGAUGGGCAUUUCGGUGUCACUUGUACCUCGGCGUUUAUUCCGCGCGACAUAACCACACUCAGACAUUCGGCUACGGCAGCCGUGUUCGGACAACUGGAAAACGAAAGAAAUAGUGAUGAAAAUGAGAAACAUCCAGAAGGGAUUGCCGAAGAUAGCGACAGCGUGCGCAGUAGUCCAUCGACGGAAGAUGGGCCCGAUUACACAAAUAUGACAUGGUGGAGAAAUCAGACCAGGCAGCUGUUUAUUUUGAGUGAUUCUGGAAAGCCCAUUUAUUCACGACACGGAGAAGAGGAUAAAUUGGUGACGUUGUGUGGCGUGAUGCAAGCGCUGGUUUCUGUGAUAAACGACACAGAUGGUGAUAAUCUCUGGAACCUGAGUGCCAUAGGGACAUCCAUAUCUUUUCUGGUGCGGACCCCAUUGAUCUUGGUGACGGUAGCGCGGACGGGCGAAACCGACCGGCAGCUGCUGAUCUACCUGAAUUAUGCAUAUGAUUUUGUGAUUAGUGUCUUAACGUUGCCACAGUUGACCAAAAUCUUUAAGCGUCAUCAGAAUUUUGAUCUGCGACGCAUGUUGGCUGGAACGGAGAAAAGUCUGGAUCAUUUGAUUGAUUGGUUUGAUGUGGACAUGGGCUUUCUUUUGGGUUGUGUCCGGUGUCUUCCAUUACCGGUUUCAGUACGCGAAAGCAUUAAUACUCAUCUUACACACUCCUGCCAGAAAAUUCCCGGCUUGGUUUUUGCCAUUGUAAUGGUGAACCGGCAGUUGAUCAGUAUUACCAGAUUGAAAAAAUAUGUAUUGCAUCCAGGUGAUAUUCGCCUCUUGAUUAACUUAAUCGAUGCAUCCGAUUCGUUUAAAACUGCCGAAUCAUGGAUGCCUAUCUGUUUGCCGAAAUUUGAUUCCAGUGGGUUUCUUCAUGCUUACAUUUCGUACCUGCGGGACUCACCGGUUUGUUUGGUUUAUCUUGGCGUUGAUCCGCAACUCUUUCACACUUUAGCCAAAUCCGCUGCAUCCUUUUCCGCGAAAAUGGAUUCGUCUGGUGACUUGAAUGCAGUCUUGACGGCAAUGAAAACCACGUCGUAUUAUUCGACAUCUCAGUCUGGAGUGGCGGAAUUGCGACAUUUUGUUUACAAAUCCACCAGUGCAGCUCAGUUGACCAGUCCCUUUGUGACGGUUCCUUAUGCUAGCAGUGAUCAGGCGGAAAAACUACGAGAAUUUUAUCGGUAUCUCCAUAGGCGGAUGCAUUCGCCAACCAGAGCUGCUAAAAUUAUAGUUGUUACAUCCAAUACGGAAAUGCUUUUAGGAUGGGUGACUUCUGGAUUCGAAUUGUAUGCUGUCCUUGAGCCAUUCCUUUCUAAACACCAUGCAGUUUUAGCCAUUGAGAAGUUGAUAAAAUGGAUUAAGAAAGAAGAGAACCAUCUUUUCAUUUUAAAUUCACCUGUUUUCACCUAAAGCGCCAUUGCUGAAGAAUAUCCUUUCAAUAUACGAUGUUCCCGUGGGAACGAACCUUCAACCUGCAGAUGCGUUUCUUUCGAGCGAAUUGACUUCGAUAUGAGCAUUUGUGCUGUGUGUCGAACGCAGUCAGCAAACACGGCAUGGCCGGUUGCACUCGAACGCCUGGCGAAAGUCCUUCUGCAGGUGGAUGUGGCUAAUGUUCUCUUUACCGAUGAGAAAGUCUUCUCUGUACGGCGGAUGGUCAACGGACGGCCAGUGCAGUUGGUUGUUCCCGUUUUCAUGGGAAUCAGCAAGAGACAUCGGUUCGUCAGUGCACUGCCGCGCUGUCCACCCCUGACAGCGGAAGAGUUCUGUCAAGUGGUGGAAACGAUCGACGACAUUAUGGAAAGAGAUGGAAAACUGAUCCUGCAGCAUGACCGUGCUCCAUGGUUUAGUGCCAAAAGGACAAAGCACUUCCUGGACGAGCGAUAUCCCAAGAGGUGGCUAUCGCUGACAGUGUGGCCGGCAAAAGGGCGUUUGGUGCAUCCACUAGACUGUGGUAUAUUUCCGGCAGUUGAGAAAGAAUUGAAUAACGGACACUUACAAUCGGAAAAAGAAUUAUUUGAAAAAAUAAAAGCCAUUGUUGGUUCUUUUUCUUCUAUGCAAAUGGACAAGGAGAUCGAUAUGAUUUUUCAUAGAAUAUUUAAAUUUUUAAAUACGUAACAGAAAAAUGCUGGUGUAGUCCGUUCCUAGACUGUACUUACGGUACAGUGAGCUUUUGUUUGUUCAACAGCUGUUUGUGUGACUGUGUAUGAGCAUCUGA